AUGUCAAACAAGUGUUUUGCGAGGGUGGAAUUAGGGUUUUCCUACUUCCAGGAAAUUCCUUUGCCUUCAAUUUUGCUCAUUCAAGAUGAAGAUAGAUCAAAAGAGAUUUUAUUGAUCAGUAACAAUAACGAGUACAAAGUCAUUGGCUUGGUCAAUAAAGAUUGGACACACAUGAGGAUUGGUGGAAACAAUUGGUAUGAAUUUGUGAAGGCUCACAAAUUAGUUCUCAAUCAAGGACUCUAUUUUAUUGUGAGGGAAUUAGGGAUUAUGAAUGUUUUUAUGUUUGAUAAAAAUAAUGUUCUCAGCAACAGUCCAACACCAAAUAUGUCAUGGAAUCACAUCAACAACAUCAAGGUUCAAAUGGUUGUACCGGUUGGAUUAAGUAGUUGUAUCACAGAAGACCAUGCAGAUAAAUUUGGUUAUUUUUCAAACUGGUCGGUUGUCUGUGAGGAGCAUACAUAUAUCAAUCAAAUAGCAUAUUCUCCUCAUGAGAAUGCUGCAAGAUUGGUUGUAAGUGGGUAUCAAUGGGAUAAGCUUUUAAAAGAUCAUGCCGACAUGGUACAACAUUCUGAAUUUGUUGUUUUCACAUAUACUGGAAAAAUGCGAUUAAUUAUGCAUUUUUUCAGUAAAGAAGGAUUUGAAUAA